AUUCCUUCAUCUUACACACGGCAGUGCCACAAGCGCUUCAUGCCAUGGCUGAGAAGUCCCUUCUGGACGUGCAGAUUGUUCCCGCCACUGCCAGUGACUAUGACGAGGUUCUGUCCAUCUCGGAUGGAAUAUACAAUGGAGUUGACUACCUGCCGUUUAGGUACCAUGAAUGGGUGAGAGACCCCCAACGGAGGAUGUUUGUGGCCAAGUCUGGAGGGAAAGUGGUGGGGUUUGGCUCCUACCUGCUGGUAGAUGGUGGUGUGACAGCUGUGGUGCAAGGUCUCCGCAUUGCCCCCUGGAUGAGAGGUUAUGGGAUUGCUGGGGUAAUGCAACAGUUUUGCUUUGAUGUCCUACGCUCCGAGCACCCUGAGGUCCCCAAAGUUCGUCUAACAAGGGGAGAAGAUCCUCCAGCUGCCAAGCUGAACAAAUACCGUCUAGUGCAUUCCAAGGCAGUUAUCUCAGUGGUGAUUCCUAAUGACCAACUGGAAGAUACAAUCAAGUUGCUGAAGCAGAGGGUGGAGAAUGUCGAUGGGAAAGCUCCUGUUUUUUCCAGGAGCCCAGAAGAAGUUCGAAGUUGGUUUGAAAAUUCCUUUAAUGCAGAAGGGCUGUUUCCCAAGGGGAUUCUUGUCCAAGAUUGGCUUCCCCUUUCCAACCACAGAUCCAACCUAGAGUUACUGCUGCAACGCGGGGUUCUCUGGUGUUAUUCCAACUUCUUAAAAUCCAGCACCUAUAAUUCUCUUCAUGCAAACCAAGAGCCCACUUCAGCCUCCCUUCCUCAUUCUUCCAGCCUUCCCAACACCUUUAUUACUUCUGAUAGCACCUGUGAGUUCCUCAGCCUGGGCACUCCUCCAAUCUCUGUGCCCCUCGAGGACGGUAUGCACCGUUAUGACAUUGAUCUCUUUGGAAUCGAUCCUGUAGCUGCUAAAGCCCAUAUUCUACACCAGCUGACGGAGGCACUAAGAGUUCUACCAAGAGAUGGUGGCAUGGUCUGUUUGCUGUAUGUAGAAGAAAUCCUCCGAGCUGAACUUACUCAGUUUUGCCAAGGGAUAACGCCUUUCCUUUUAGUAAAGGAACAGCUUGUUCUGGAGAUGGAUAUAUAAAUACCUGGGGUUUUUUGGCCGAUGGCAUUUCAGGAAUGGGAACGCUGGGAGUUGUAGGCCAUGGCAAUUGACAUACAAGUCCAAAAUAUUUCCCGUGUUGACUGUAGUGGAACAUGUGUUAUCCAAUUUGUUUGAGCUAUUUCUGUGUUUAUGGUUGAUGGCCUUUGUGGACCCAAACAUUAUAAGGGGAACAUAGUAAUUUGUUGCUCUCCAUGUUAUAUUCCUGACGGACGUUAGGAGAGACCAUUAAUGUUCUUUCUAGGGCACAACUAAAUCCUAUCUCUGAGAUAGAGAUUCCUUUUUGUCCUGCAUCUCUACACUAGAUGUCAGAAGGUCUUUGCUACCCAGAACAUUACAGAUCCUUCUCCAUGGUUAACUGCUACUUCUUCUCCUCAGUAAGCUUCUUCUCAAGACAUGACCUUCCCAGAAAUUGGGGAAAAGUGAAUUGAAUGAUUUGUAUGAUAUAUCAAACCACCAGAUUUCCAUUUCCUUAGCAUAAUGAUGCUACAAAUACUUUUUUAUAACCAUUGCAUGCAUAGAUUUUAUAUGUAGGUAGCAUAAACUACAAAGAGAACCCCAAAACAAUUGUCAAACAGCACACACAGAGAUACAAUAAUAUUGGGGCAGGCAGUGUAAAUGUACCCACAUAUUUGGCACUGGCAGUCACACAGAUACACAACAUAUACACAUUGUUAUGCAGCCCACAGACUCUGCCAUACACAGAUACACACACUCAGUCUCAGACAGGCCCCACAUUGAUUCAGAAGAGAUUUGUAGUUACAUCCAGAAAUAUACCAGGAUCUCUCCAAUAUCCACAACCGAUGCCUCAAGUUUCCCCAGGGGCAGCUUCUCUACCCCCAGUGCUCUGCUCCUUCACCUUGUUAUAGACAGACAUAAACCAAAUGGACAAGGCUAAAUCAUUCGGGCAACGGGACAUAAGCACAUAUAUAUCUUUAUAUUUACACAGCCCCAUACACACACCCCUCCCUACUUUCACAUAAAUUCUAUAUACCCAUAU